AUGAAAGGAAAAGGGGCGUGGCCAGGGAGCGACCGCGGCCUCCUUCAAGGAAUUCUAGUUCCUGAAGGACCUGAGAAGCCACUCUCCGGCACCGCCCUGGACCCUCUUGCGCCACUCAAUCCCCCACCCCGGGGGCCUCGGACUCCAGGCCUCAGGAGAUUUCUCUCCAGGGCCGAACCAGGACUUAACCGAAGUUACCGUGGCACCUUCAGAUCCCCUCAACCAUCUCCAAAGCCUGGCCAGGCUGAUGGGACUGGUGAAGAAUCUCUGCUCCUAGACAUUCAGAAACUGAAGGAGAAGGAGGACAUGCUGGACAAGGAGAUCUCCCAAUUAAUAUCUGAAGGCUACAGCGUGGAUGAACUGGAGGACCACAUUGCCCAGCUCCAUGAGUACAAUGACAUCAAGGAUAUAGGGCAGAUGCUGCUGGGCAAACUAGGUGAGCAGCAGAACCCCAGAGGAGCAACCAGGGUUCAGGAGGCAUCCCUUUCCCUAGGGGUGCUAGAUUUUCUCCUUUGGUAGCCUUGCCCUCCCCUUCUCAGUGCCCCACUCCUAGAAUGCCCACUGAAUUUCUGGUCUACCUGGACACCCAGAAAAGCUGCUAUGUAGCUCUUACCUGAGUUCUUGGGUUUUUCCUUAAGUACAGAGCCUGCUUGGGAGCUGCAGGCAGGUUUAAGCAGGACUCACCACCUGCUAGACUAAGGAUUAAGGGUCCCAGUCUUCCAGGACCUACUCAGAGUGAUUUCAGUACUAUCCAUGCCUCAGGUGUCUGACUUGCAAAAGAGGCAGCAAGUACAAGGAA